AGAAGAAGGGAGAGAAUUUGGUUGUGGAUUGGAUUUGGAGCGCCAAGAAAGCGGCAAUCUGUCUGAGCACGGCGGCAAGUCCGGCGAUGGAGAGGGAAUCGAGGAAGAACUACCAGACGCGAGGCUCCGCGCGCGGCGGAAGCGGCGGCGGUGGCACGACGUCGGAGCGCGACCUGCUGCUGCAGUGGGGAAACCGGAAGCGCCUGCGUUGCGUCAAGGUGCAGCGCCGCGACGUUGAGGCCACCGUGGCUGCCGAGAAGGCCGCUGCAGGACAGCGUCGCGCGGCGGCGGUCGCCGCGGUCGCUGCAGCUACGGCGGCCGGGCAGCACCACCCCACCGGCCACCACCGCGGCCUCAGGAAUUCUGAGGAGCCUGGGGCAAUGAGGCCACCGUCGCAGCAGCAGAACAGCACAAUCCGCGCAGUUGCCUCCCCAGGAAGGGAGCGCUCUGGAAAGGGCCACAAUGACAACAACGGGGUUCCGCCAACCUCUGUAGAUGACAAGAAGGGCUCGUCGUCAGGGAGCGAAGGGUCAAUUUGGCCCAAUUUUGCAGUUGCCCUGACGAACAAGGAGAAGGAAGAGGACUUCUUGGUGUUCAAGGGAUCCAAGCUGCCUCAAAGGCCCAAGAAGAGAGUGAAAGCCAUCCAGAGGACUGUCAAUUUUGUAUGCCCUGGAACAUGGCUAUGCGACUUGACUCUGGAAAGAUACGAAGUACGAGAGAAGAAGGUUUCCAAGAAGCGCCCCAGGGGACUGAAAGCGAUGCACGACAUGGACAGCGAGUCAGAAUAAAAUGAUCAAUUGAACCAGAGCAGCUGAACAUUAGAAAGGAAAUACACGGCCACAGAUCCAGUAGAUGAAGAUUGAAAUUAACCUUCCCAGAUGAAAUGAUCAGUGAGCUGACCGCGCAUCGAGAAUGGUCUCCGGAGUGUUGGAAACUGCACGGAAGAACGCAGGGCGGCUGCAUGUUCUUUUUAUGCCUGCCUGUGUUUACAGAGAGUGUUGCCUGUCAUUUGGCUCUCUCUUCAGUGCAUGUUUCCAAAGGCCCUGAUGUUUAUAGCAUUUUGAGAACAUCUCGCCGUGUCAAACAGAUGUCAAGUACAGGUGGCGAAUGACAGUUAUACUUAAAUUUAACAUGGAUUUCACAGGGACUUCAAUAAUUUUGUUUAUCCCCUGCUGGCUACCAGCUGCUGUAAACUUCUGCUGAAAUUCCAAUUUGGGGCAUCUGGGGACACUAGUGGAUACAAAUUUGUGGAUGCGGGUGGUCACACUUGUGCAACUGGAUAACAUAUAUAUUUUUGUUAUUAGUUAAAUUUGUUUUUGGUAUCUAA